AUGAAUUUCAACCUUGAUUACGAAAACAUAGCGACAGCGUUUGUACAACAUUAUUAUUCGAAAUUUGACCAAGGAGACGGUAUGGCUAGAGCUCAAGGGCUCGGUGGUCUAUAUGAUCCGGAGAAUUCCUAUAUGAGUUUCGAAGGUACUCAAUGUAAAGGCCGUGAUGCCAUCCUCGCCAAAUUCACCAGUUUGACGUUCAAACAAAUUCAGCGGGCUAUAACUAAGUGUGACUCGCAACCGCUUUAUGACGGUUCUAUUCUCGUUAUGGUCUUGGGUCAACUCAAGACAGAUGAUGAUCCAAUUAACACAUUCUCUCAAGUUUUUAUCCUGCGACCAAAUACAACGGGUUCGUUUUUUAUUGGAAACGAGAUCUUCCGUCUUGAUCUUCACAACAACUGA